GCACUUUUUUUGAACAAUGAGAUAUAAAACAAUGAACAAAGGUGAGCUUUUCUUAUUUUUUUUUGCUAUUCUUCUCUUGUCCCUUGAACCACAACUUCUUGUGAGCGAACGGUAUGAAAUAUCUGCCCAAUAUAUUUAUCUUUUAUGUGUUGGCUAGUUGGCUUUUUGCCGCCUGCCAUAGCCAUUGUGAUUGUGAUCGUAAUGAUAAUGAAUGCAUCACUGAUUGUGUAAUUGAGGCAAACGAUUGUGUCACCGCUUGCAAAGGAGACGUUCGUUGUUAUCAGAAUUGUAUUGAUGAUAAAUGGCCGAAUGCAGAUGCUUAUGGUGAAGGCUACAAUAAUGACUAUAAACAAAUCUUGAAUCCAUCUGUUACUGUUUAUAUUGCAACAGCAACAGUUACGCAAGGUCAAACUAUCACAAAUAACGCUGAAAAUCAACAGCAAGGUACGUCCUCCGCUGCAGUUAUUUCAGCAACCACAGCAAAUUCAACGUCUAUAUCAUCGGCAAGUUCUGUAUACACUAUAUCUAUCAUUUCUGUAUUUGCAGCCUCUCUCGUUGGUGCUUCAAUUAUAAACACACUUUAAAACAAGAGGUAAAAGAAUGGAACACCGAAAAUGCUGACUUCGGUUGAUAUGGUUUUGGAUGAAACCGACGGAUUUUUCCAAUCAACCUUGUAAUUCUAUUUCGAUUGAAGAAAUAAAGAAAUAUAGAGAUUUGGUAGCAAAUCAGCGUUUUUCAACCCAGAACAUCGGAAUCAAAAGGUUACUUUCUGUAUAAGUGAGUAUUCCAAUUUGUUGUUGUAACUGGAGGUCUACGGGAAACUCGCUUUGCACUUUGAUCACGAUUGAAACAUGGAUUUGCAAUGAUUUACUGCGUU